AUGCGACAGCAACAAGAGCAGCAUUACUUUUUAUUGAAACAACAGCAGGCGGCUCUGCAAGAACAGGCUUUGGCGGCUCAGCAGCAAGCACAAAUCAUUUUAAUGGCAUGGUUACAACAGGCCUACAUGGACCCCACGGCCUCCGCCUUGCUCCAAUUGCGUAGACAUCAGCUACUUCAGCAUUAUCACAACCAUCUGGCUCUUCUUUAUCAGACCAACAGCAUGCGUCAACAGCAUCAACCCUAUCUUCAGCAGGAACACCAACAGCAGGGAAUUAUGGAUCACCCCUCAUUUGCGAAUCAGCAUCCUCAGCAAAAACUGGAAAUACAUGAGCAUAAUCAUCAAGUUCAACUAACACAACAGCAACGACAGCCAGAUGCUUCAAACGAAUGGUUUGCAGCCGCCUCCAACCCUUUAGUUCCUUCAUUACUUUCGUUGUCACAUGCGCCUUCAGUACAUCCUCUAUCAUUAGAUUUGUUCCUACAACAGCAGCAGCAGCAGCAGCAGCAUAAUCAUCUUCAUUUGCUUACUCAUGCUAUGCAACGACAACAACAACAACAGCAACAGCAGCAGCAGCAACAACAAGAAAUGUCUUCACAUCAGACUGAAUUCUUUGGUCGGAUAACCGGAAAGAAAGAUCGUCGGCAACUCGAACUACUCCAACAGCAGGCACACCUUAGCCGAUUACUCUCGAUAUUUCCACAAACUGCACCCACUUCGGAACCAGCAGUCGUCUCAUCACUGACUGUGCAAUCUCCUUUAUCUCAACAGCCCAACCCUUCUUAUAAUUUCUCAAUUAACAUGACCACCCUUAAUGACACAAUCAUCAAAGUGGCAGGUAACACUCAAGCUGAUGAGCCUGUUUCUACUACUCAACCCUGCAACAACCUCUCUUCUUCAUCACCAACUUUCCGUCAAGUCACAACUUUUCAGACACGUACUCCAGAAAUUUCAUCUCAUCCUUCCGCAUCCGAAUCAACAACCUCUUCCGCAGUAGCAAUGGCUACUGUUGUAUAUGAGGCCCUUUUUCCACUUGAUGAGUCGAUGGCACGUGACGUUGAUACUGCCAUAUCGACUGGCCGGGAUUGUUCUUCUGCUCUUUCGGAGGCUAGCACGAGCAAAGUCAUUGGGCCUACGAUCUUGGAACCUCCACAACCGCCUCCGGGCCCGAAGCUAAAGCGUAGGUUACCUCGACCUCGACCCGAUAUCUGGAUCAUUCCGAAACAAGACGAAGGACAUUGGGGACUUGGAGCGAAUGAGAAUGAUAAAGUGGACGAACAAGAAGAAGGGGAAAAAGUGUUUAAUAAAGAUCUAGCCUCUGUCGUUGUGACUCAUUUUACUAACGACUUUCUGUUCGCAGCACCGCUCAUCUCUACAAUGCAGACUUCGGAAGAAAAUUGUUCCGCGGAUGCGAUUGAGCCUCCCUUACAUUUACAAGAAGAUUUAACAGAAAAAAACCCAGAGAUGCUUGCUAAUAGUGAAGCAAGCGAUGAAUCGAAAGACCUUAAUGUUGACACUUUUGAAGUUUUUGGAAAUUUAGAGUCACUAAAGUCUGGUUCUUGUAUGGCGGCUUGUGCGUCUUCUAUAGCCAGCUCAGUUUCAGGAGACACAGCUGAACAAGCCAGGCGCCUGGUUGAUACUCUCGCUGAUCAUCUCUCUAGCCUUUCAAGGCAGUCCACCCACUUGAAUGAUGGAAUUGGUCCCAACUCAACCGCUUCUCCAGAUAGUCUGACUUCCAACGUAGAGCAGGUGCAAGCGCAGCUCAGAGAAGUGUUGCGGCUUCAGGCGGUAAAAAAAGCAAACUUUUCAACAUCCAAACAGCCUCAUUGUUUCAUCUAA